CGACUCCAACUAUUCGAUUCACCGGGGUAAAUCAGUGCACCUGAUGCACUGGCUGGUCAUCACAAGGUGCAUCCCAUCGAAUGACUUAUUCCUGCAUUCCAUUAGAUAAAAACAAUGUGUACAUCAAUAACAAAUCACCAGGUGAAUAGGCUCGAGGGCGAGACAAUGAUGGAAACAUCAAAAAAAUUACUCUGCAGUCUGCUUCGUUGCAUUGUUGUACAAUUACAUUAUAUCUUUGACUGCGUUAUUGAUUUUGUCUUUGGACUUUAUUAUAAUGGAAAGGAGGAAAAAGUUCCUCCAAUUAAAAAUCCAAUACUGCUGGAGAGCGCCGUAACAUUGGCUGAGAGGAUCAGGAAUAAGAAAGUCUCCUGUCAAGUGGUCGUUGGUGCAUUCAUUGACAGAUGUAAGGAAGUGAAUAGUUUGAUGAAUGUCAUAGUGGAUGAGAGGUACGAGGAAGCGAUAAGGGAGGCGAGAAAAGUCGAUGAAUUGCUGGCGUGUGAUAUUGACAUUGACAUACUCAAAAUAACAAAGCCACUGUUGGGCGUGCCAUUUACUACUAAAGAGAGUAAUGAGGCUAAAGGUCUUCUCCACUCGAUGGGUAUGAUAGCGAGAAAAGGCCACCGAUCGACCCAAGACGCGACGGUAAUCGCCAACGUCAAAGACUCUGGGGCAAUUCUCAUUGCAAAAACCAAUAUUCCCGAGAUGAAUCUCUGGGUAGAAUCCAGAAAUAUGGUCUACGGACAAACCAACAAUCCCUACAACUCGACAAGAACAGUUGGGGGUAGUAGUGGUGGAGAUGCUGCUGUCACAGCAGCAUGUGGUGUGCCAUUUGCAGUUGGAAGUGACAUCGGUGGAUCCAUAAGGAUGCCAGCAUUUUUCAAUGGAGUAUUUGGAUUCAAACCCAGUGAAGGAGCAACACCACUUAAAGGGAUUGGACUCAGAACUGUUGACUUUGGGAAUUCAAUGGCCGAGACUGGGCCGAUAUGCAAACGCGCCGACGAUCUCCUGCCUUUACUAAAAAUUAUGAUGAUGGAUAAGGACCUGAAGGAGAAGCUAGACACACCUGUAGACGUUAAAAAACUCAGAGUAUUCUAUCAAGAGGGCUCUGGGGACUUGAGAGCUAGUAAAAUAAAUCCAGACAUGCGAGCUGCACUCACCAAAGUCAUUCAUCACUUCGAAAGUGUUUCGGAGUCUGUGCAAAAGGUCAAACUGCCAGGAUCUGAGUUCAGCUUUAGACUCUGGAGAUACUGGAUGACGCAGGAGGGGUCGGACUUUAAAUAUGAUAUCAUGAAUCGACAGUCGAGAACUAGUGCAUCUGCGGAAUUAAUAAAAUUGUUGACAAAUAAAUGCGAAAUGACGUUCGCGGCGAUACUUAAACUUCUCGACGAGGAUCUUUUUCCGAAGGAGAAUAGCGAAUGGGCUGAGAAAAUCACAGCUGAGAUGAAGGAAUAUCUAGUGAAAAAACUGGGAGACAAUGGAGUUCUCGUGUACCCAUCGUCACCCUUCCCAGCUAGUUACCACUACUCAUACUUCUUCAGACCAUACAACUUUGGUUACUGGUGCCUCUUCAAUGUUCUGCGAUUACCAACGUGCCAAGUACCUUUGGGUCUCGACAGUGAAGGCUUGCCCAUUGGUGUACAGAUCGUAGCAGCUCCACAUCAGGACCACCUCUGCAUCGCAGUAGCAAAAGAACUCGAAAAAACAUUUGGUGGCUGGGUGCCCCCAUCUUAAUCCUUCAAAGAUCAAAAUAAUAACGCCACAAUCUGCGCACUUUUCACGAGAAACUAUAUGUGAUUAACAGAAGAUCAAUUUUUUAGAUAUUUUCCUGGCUCAAAAUCAGUCAACUCAAUGUACCAAAAGGAAUUCCUGAACGGGAUACUCUCAUAUAUAUGCGUGUUUUUCAAUGUCUCAAAUAAGUAUAUUCAUAUUUUAUUUCCAAUUCUCACAAAGCGCAAUAUCCCUCGAUUCAAUAACUCAAUUAAUAGUACGAUAUUAAUUCUAAUUACAAAUAUUUUAUCCGUCAAUACUGUUAUUUAUUAUCGAUUAGUGUCAGGUGCGGUGGCUCAGAUGCGAACAAAUUCUCUAAUUGGAAAUAAAUAUUGUAUUAAAAACAUCA